AUGCAAAGAGCUCUCCUUAAUGCCGUGACGAGAUCUGCCGCCAGGCCAGCUCUUAGAAUGGUCAGACCAGCCAUGGCUGCUCCAUUCGCCACUCCAAGAUACAACAUGGCCAGCUUGAGAUUCAACAGCACCAAGGCCGAAGGUGAAGAUGCCAAAGAAGCUAAAGAAGCUGCCCAGGAGAAUGCCGAAACCGCCAAGGAGGAAGCUUCUCAGGAAGACCCAGUCGUCGCCGACUUGAAACUGAAGUUGGAGAAGAAAGACAAGGAUUUGGCUGACAUGAAGAACCACUACGCUAGAGCCGUCGCCGACUUCCGCAACUUGCAAGAGACCACAAAGAAAGAGAUGCAGAAGAGUAAAGACUUUGCCUUGCAAAAGUUCGCCAAGGACUUGUUGGAGUCCCUCGACAACUUCGAAUUGGCUUUGAACUCUGUCAAGGAGGAGACUUUGACGGCCAGCUCCGAAGUCAAGAACUUGUACGAGGGUGUUUCUAUGACCAGAAACGUUUUCGAAAAGACUUUACAGAAGCACGGUAUCGAGAAGAUGGACCCAAUGGGCGAGGCCUUUGACCCUAACCACCACGAGGCCACCUUCGAGAUCCCUCAGCCAGACAAGGAGCCAGGCACCAUUUUCCACGUCCAGCAGCCAGGCUACACCUUGAACAGCAGAGUGUUGAGACCAGCCAAGGUUGGUUUGGUCAAGGGUGACGACAACUAA